AUGGAUGAAGAUGAAGAGCUUGCAAAUCCAUUUAAUAAUUUGUUAACUGAUGAUAAUAAUCAACAAGUACUGGCUCAUCAAAAUCGCAAGAGAACUUAUAACGAUGUUAAUAGUCCAACUUCUGAUCAUAAUCUUUCACCAUUAAUCAAUAGUCCAUCAACACCUUUAAUUACUGGUGGUGGAUUAAGUCGUCGUAACUAUCUAUCAAAUCCUCAUUAUGAUCAAUAUGAACAAGUGGGUAUAGAUGAUAAUCCUAUUGAAAAUGAGCCAGAUCCUGCAGCACGUAGACGUGCUGAAUUUCUUAUGGAGCAACGUGAUGCUCUUGAAGCUGGAAGACCUAGAAAAAGAUAUGAUGAACCAAUUGAUGCUGAAGAAGAAGAAGGGGAUGAGAGUUUGACAAUAGAGGAACUUUCAGAUAUGAAAGCAAAUAAUGUACUUGAAUGGGUCCAAAAACCACCUGUCAAGAAUGGUAUCAUGAAGCAAUUUAGUCAUUUCUUACAUUCAUUUACAAUUGAUGGCAAAAAUGUUUAUCGGCAAAGGAUUGAUGAAUUAACAGCGAAAUGUCCAACUGUAAUCUUGAAUUUAUUUGAUGAGGUUUCAAAUAAUGUAAUCAUUCAAAGAUAUCACAAUUAUUCUAAUAUUGAAAAACAUGUCACAGUCCGCAUAACUAAUUAUUCAGGUAAUCGUACUCUUAGACAACUUAGAGAAAAGCAUCUUAAUACAUUUGUAUGUGUCAAUGGAGUAAUUACUAAAAGAACAGGAGUAUUUCCACAAUUGAAAUAUGUAAAAUAUAAUUGCGGAAAAUGUGGAGGACUGCUUGGACCAUUUACUCAAGACUCUGAUUCAGAAAUUAAAAUAAAUCAUUGUAUACAUUGUGAAUCAAAGGGCCCAUUCUACAUAAAUGUAGAAAAUACAAUAUAUAGUGAUUAUCAAAAGAUAACACUUCAAGAGAAUCCAGGUUCGGUUCCGCCUGGAAGAUUACCUCGCCAUCGUGAAGUUAUUCUAUUUGCAAAUUAUAUUUAUAAAACACAUGAUGCUAAUAUUGACUUGAGUGAUGAAGAUAAAAGAAAAAUAGAAGAUUAUUCUAAAGAUCCUCGAAUUGCCCAAAGGAUAUUCAAAAGUAUUGCACCAUCGAUUUAUGGACAUGCCAAUAUAAAAAGAGCUUUAGCUUUAUCAUUAUUUGGAGGUGUACCAAAAAAUAUCAAAGACAAACAUCGAUUACGUGGUGAUAUUAAUAUUCUUAUGCUUGGAGAUCCUGGUACAGCCAAGUCACAAUUUCUAAAGUAUAUUGAAAAGACAGCACAUCGAGCUGUAUUCACAACAGGACAAGGAGCUUCAGCAGUUGGUCUGACGGCAUCAGUAAAAAAAGAUCCGGUGACCAGAGAAUGGACAUUAGAAGGCGGAGCAUUGGUGCUUGCCGAUCAAGGAAUUUGUCUCAUUGAUGAAUUUGACAAAAUGAAUGAUUCUGAUAGAGGACGAUACAAUGCCUCAGUACCAUUUUCGCAUAACGUAUAUCUAACCGAGCCUAUUUUGUCACGAUUUGAUAUUUUAUGUGUUGUCAAAGAUAAAGUUAAUUCAGGAAUUGAUGAAAUUCUAGCUGAAUUUGUUGUUGCUAGUCAUAUUAGAAGUCAUCCGUCUUCCGAAGCUCAAAGUGUUGGUGAUUUACAUCAGGAUGCUGACCUUAUUCCUCAAGAUGACUUAAGGAAAUAUAUUUUAUAUGCUAAACAAAUUGAACCAACAUUAUCUGAAUUUGAUAAAUUAAAAGUCGCUAAUCUUUAUGCAGGUUUAAGACAAGAGGUUAGCACAAAAUGGGGUUUUUUUUGGUGUAGAAUUCAUCUUCGUCGUGAUACUAUUGGCAGAGAUUUAGAUGUAGCAAUUGAUGUCGUUUUAAGAAGUUUCUUUUCAUCUCAGAAAUAUUCAGUUGCAAAUAAACUUAAAGAAAAAUUUGGUGGAUUUUUGAUGUAG